CUUUUCGGAAUAUCUUUGGAUGAAAAAACUAUAAAUUUAAAAAUAAGGUAAAAUAGAAAAUAGAAAUAAUGAAGAUGGUAGAUUUUGGUAGCGCUGUUGAGUAACCACUUUAUCGCCUUCCCGGAUCCUAUUCCUAGCUCGGGUCCCCGGCAACAUUGGUUAACAGAUAAGAUGACGGCGCCACAUGAGCGGGCAAAAAUCACAUUGCUAAGUUUGAGCGUAGAUAUUAGAUAAGGCUCUUCGCUCCCCGCUCUUCUUCCUCUGUCAAAUUCCCUCAUUCUGCUUCCCUCCUUUCCAAAACCAACAACCGGGAGCUUCGAUUCGAUGAUACCUCUUAUCUCCUUCCACGCUCCGCCUGCUCCUUCGCUCUUUCUAUUCUCUCCUUCCCCAUCCGUCUUCCCUCCUCUCCCUCGCUUCAAGUCCUCUCCCCUUCUCCACUACUUCGCCGUCCACUCUGCCCCGACCAUCUCAUCUGCGCAGUUCUCAGCCGACCCGCCCGCGCAGCCAAGGACACUUUUUCCCGGCGGCUACAAGCGCCCUGAAAUCAAGGUCCCCAGCAUCGUGCUCCAGCUCCGGCCUGAAGAGGUUUUGAGCGGCGGAGACGAUACGUUGGAUCUGAUCGACAGGGCGGUCUCGCGCUGGGUAGGGAUCGUCGUGCUCGAUGCCGGCGACGGGGGCGGGAAGACGCUCUACGAGGCGGCGUGUCUAUUGAAGUCCGUUGUGAGGGAUCGUGCCUACUUGUUGAUUGCGGAGCGAGUUGACAUUGCUUCUGCUGUUAAUGCUAGCGGCGUCGUCGUCUCCGAUCAAGGUCUCCCUGCCAUCGUUGCCAGAAGCAUGAUGAUGGAUUCCCAAUCCGAAUCAGUACUUCUCCCCCUGGUGGCGAAGAUUGUUCAGACGCCAAAGUCCGCUGUAGAAGCAGCCAGUUCCGAAGGGGCUGAUUUCCUCAUUUUGUCAUCUAGUAGCGUGGAGACUUUCGAUCCACAAGUUAACUCCGAAUUCCAGAGUGUGAAGAUUCCCAUCUUUGUCGCUUAUGGGAUGGCCGGCUCGCUAUUGGUCAACUCUCGUCCCAGUGGUUAUGUUAUGUCAUUAGAAGACUUGAGGCUGGUCACGGUCAGUGAUGAUUCUUUCAGCCAGUUGUUUCAACCCGAGCAGAAAGCUCAGAACGAAUUCGAACAGUACCAUAGACACGAUAAGAGGUUGGAUGAUGUUAAUGGCAAAGAUGCUGUGGCUGGGUUUGUUAGACUCGAGGAUAAAGAAAAACAGCUCAUAGGAAAAGAGAAAUCUUUGUUGCUUGAAGCUAUCGACAUAAUCAAGAAAGCUGUUCCUAUGAUGGAGGAGAUCUCGCUUCUAGUUGAUGCAGUUUCUCAAAUUGAUGAGCCAUUUUUACUGGCUAUAGUGGUAAUUGGUGAAUUUAACUCUGGUAAAUCAAGUGUUAUUAAUGCUCUUCUUGGGGAAAGAUAUCUCAAAGAAGGCGUUGUCCCUACAACAAAUGAGAUUACAUUCUUGCGGUAUUCUGUUGAUGAUGCUGCAGAGCAACAGCGAUGUGAACGGCAUCCGGAUGGCCAAUUUAUUUGCUAUCUUCCAGCUCCAAUUCUUAGAGAAAUGAAUAUUGUUGACACGCCAGGAACCAAUGUUAUUCUCCAACGGCAACAGCGCCUCACAGAGGAAUUUGUACCUCGGGCGGAUUUGCUUCUUUUUGUAAUUUCUGCUGAUCGGCCAUUAACUGAAAGUGAGGUAACUUUUCUUCGUUAUACCCAGCAGUGGAGAAAGAAGAUUGUGUUCGUGUUGAACAAGUCUGAUCUAUACCGGAAUGACAGUGAGCUUGAGGAGGCUUUGUCAUUCAUCAAGGAGAAUACAAGGAAGUUGUUGAAUUCAGAAAGCAUUACUGUCUACCCUGUCUCUGCACGGUCUGCACUUGAAGCAAAAUUGUCAUCUUUAGAUCUCCACAGUGCCCACACAGAGUCUCACUGGAGAAUUGACAAGUUCUACGAGCUUGAGAAGUUCUUGUAUAGCUUUUUAGAUGGCACAACAAGGACAGGAAUGGAAAGAAUGAGGCUCAAACUGGAAACCCCAAUACGAAUUGCUGAGCGUUUGCUCUCCAGUUGUGAUACUCUUAUAAAACAUGACAGCAGAUUCGCCAAGCAGGAUGUAGCAUAUGCAGCUGGACUUGUUGACAGUCUGGAAGAUUACUCUGCAAAGGUUGAAAAUGAGAGCCUUGCUUGGAAACGAAAAGCUCUAUCUCUGAUUGAUGCAACAAAAACCCGGGUUGUGGAUCUGAUAGAAUCAACACUGCAGUUAUCAAAUCUUGAUCUGGUUGCCUCGUAUGUAUUCAAAGAGAAGUCUGCGAUGCCUUCCACUUUGAAGAUUCAAAACGAGAUAAUAUCUCCAGCACUAUCAGAUGCCCAAAAAUUACUAGAAGAAUACCUGACAUGGUUAAAUUCAAACAGUUCCCGUGAAGCAAAACUGUACAGAGAAUCUUUUGAUAAUAGGUGGCCAUUGAUUAUUAAUCGGAACACGCAGAUGCAGCUGGAUGCCCUGGAGUUGUUGAAGAAAGUCGAUGACUCAAGCUUGAAAGUGCUAGAAAACUUGAAUGUUGCUCAAGCUUCCAAGUUAUUUGAAGAAGAAAUCCGUGAAUCGUUCUUGGGCACGUUUGGUGGUAUUGGAGCUGCUGGCUUGCUGGCCUCUCUUUUGACGUCAGUGCUACCCACUACUUUGGAAGAUCUUCUUGCUCUUGGCUUUUGUUCUGCUGGAGGGUACAUUGCGAUUCUGAACUUUCCUGUGCGAAGAAAGGCGAUGACCGACAAGGUGAACAAGAUCGCCGAUGGCUUAGCACUUGAAGUAGAAGAAGCAAUGCAGAAGGAUCUGUCAGAAACUGUGAAAAAUCUAGAGAAGUUUGUGAAAACCAUAGGCAAGCCUUACCAAGAUGCAGCACAAGAAAGGCUAGACAAGGUUCUAGUGUUGCAAAGCGAAAUAUCCAAAGUAGAGAACAAGAUCAGAACAUUGCAAGUAGAGAUCCAAAAUCUUCAUGUACUCUGAGGUUGGCCGGGCCAGAUUGAUUCUGCAGGACAUUGUCUGGACUCUGGAGGCCAAUCCUUUCUUUCAUUAGGAAAUUCAAGAUCCGGCUCCUGAUGGUCAUGAAUGGAUUACACUAUAAUUGGUUCAUCAUCGGGGGGCAAAUGCAUUAAGCAGGUAUAUAAUGUAAAUAUAUAAGAGUGUUGUAUUCUUUUGGUAUGGGAACUGCCGACGACUUGCCAAAUCUAACAAGGGACGGUGUCAACAUCCACAAGCUCCAAAUUUAUACGCCUGCCUUGUGCUUCAAGAUUCAAUCCUUUAAUAGAAACAUCAUGUAAUAAUUUAUUAUUCGGAAAUGUUUCUGUCACAAAUCACAAUUAGUACAAAGGUUAGACUUUCCAAUCGUAUUAACCAGAAAAUAACAUGGGAUGUGAUUCUAUUUGUCUGCGAGACGACGUUAUGAUUGCAAGUAUCAGUUUGGAUGCCAUCGUUAUGACAUAUGAGUAUACUGCAGGUUGAAUUCAAAAUGAAGGAUUUGGGACAAUUGAUGUACUUCCUUGGGUUGGAAGUGACAAG